AUGAACUCCUUUGGCGUCACCGCUCAAGAGAAACUCAGUGAAGCUGUUCAAUACUACUCUGUUGGUGAACCUGCUCCCACGAACGAAAAGCAUUCGCAGAGGUCUUCGAAACUAACGCGCGCCAACCCUUACACUGUAGUCGAACCACCUCAACAAGUUGUUGAACAACCUCUCCUUGCGGUGAAGAACGAGGAAGAUAUUUUCGUUUCUGAAUUUGAGGACCAAAAAGAACACAGUCCUACACCGAGUUCUAAGAAUCAUACUCUUCCCGAAUAUAUAUAUUUAUUAUCAAAACGCGAGCAACCAUACUCACUUAUUAAUUUGAACCUCACCACAUUCACCGAACUGUUCUAUAACUUCUAUAGCACUUAUGGGAACAUCACGAAAGUUGGGAACUGUGUCUCAAGUUCAACCUUACGAAGCACCAGCAGGUUCAGAUGA